AGUUGGGUCUUUAACUGCUAAAGUGAGUGACACAGAGACACAGCAUAGCAUAAGAAAGAUGAGCGACGACGAAAGGAAGAAGCAAAUAGCGGAGCUGAGCAAAAGCCUCAAAGAAGGAGAGAGGCUCGUGGGCCCAACGAGACGGCCCGACGGAACCCUCCGCAAGCCCAUUCGAAUCCGCGCCGGCUACACCCCUCAAGACGAAGUCGCCAUUUACCAACCCAAAGGAGCACUCUUGAAAAAGGAGAUGGGCUCCGCUGGGCCUCCCGGGUACGAACCAGACGCUGAUUCCAAGCCCAAGACCAAGUCCGUUAAGAGGAACGAGAGAAAGAAGGAAAAGCGCAUUCAGGCUGCGCUUGAAAAGGAAAAGAAUGUGAGUGAAGUUGAAGAUAGUGGAAAGCAGGAAUCUCUGGAGGCAUUGACCUCGCAGGUAAAUCGGCUCGCUGUGCAAGAUUCGCCCCAAGCUCAAGAUAUUGAUAAAAGAAUUCGUGCUCUCAAAAAGAAGAUUCGACUUUCAGAAGCAUUGGAGCAGAAAAGUGCAGAGCAAGAUCUGAAGCCAGAGCAGUUGGAAAAGCUAGCAAAAUUAGAAGAUUGGCGUAGGGAGUUAAAGUUAUUGGAGGAUGAGAAGGGUGAAACAACCGUAUCAUGAACAAAGUAUUCGAAAUAGCAUGACAAAGUUGUGUAGUUUUAUCCAUGUCUUCCUGAAAGAUAUAUUCCAUGGAAACAGGUUUACCAAAGAUUUUCCUGUAAUCACCAUCUUUUGUGUGCAACUUGUCAGAUAAAGUCAGGCUGAAUUUGGAUGAACUUUUCAACAAGUUAUAGGAAAGGAAAAUUUAGAAGUAAAACAAUUCUCUCAUCUAUUUUCUCCAAAUGUUGAAAAAUAUGUCUUGAUUUUAACUUGUAAAAGGAUUGAUUUAUUUUACCUGUCUGUGUACUAGAUUAUUUAAA